AGGCUGAACUGCAGCAGUCCCCGUCAGCCGCACGGGUGCGCGCAUCUCGCCUCGAGCAGACCGCGCGAGGAAGAAACACAUCGCACCCUAAUCCAAAUACUUCACUUCCUCCUCCUCCUCCUCUCUCUCUCGUCGUCUUGGGAGCCGCCGCCCCCGCCCCCGAAGCUCCCUCUCGCCGACGCUCGCCGUCGCGGCAGGCGGCCGCCGCGGACACAGCUGCGACUUUAGUCAAUUGUUCAAACAUCAAGUUUUUGAUGAUGGCUGGUGCUGUGACAAUCGGUGAUUCUGUUGCGGGCAUGACUGGCUUGGGGGACGAGGAUCGCAGCAUGUGUGGUGGUUCUCUUUCCGAGGGGCGCUCUUGCGAGCAGGUUGAUAAUGGGAGCCCUUCAACGUCCCCUCCCUUUUGGGACACCGACGGUGAAGAUGAUGAUCCUGGACCCAGACCUUCAGAUUUAUUUGGGCGAUAUACUUGGAGAAUUGAAAACUUUUCAAAGGAGAAGAAGAGAGAAAUGAAAAGUGAAUCAUUUGAAGCUGGUGGUUACAAGUGGUAUAUUCUAGUUUACCCUCAAGGAUGUGAUGUCUCCAAUCAUUUAUCAUUGUUUCUUUGUGUUGCUAAUCAUGACAAACUCCUCCCAGGAUGGAGCCAUUUUGCACAAUUUACUAUAGCUGUGGGUAACCUUGAUCCAAAGAAAGCUAAAUAUUCAGACACCUUGCACAGAUUCUGGAAGAAGGAACAUGAUUGGGGAUGGAAAAAAUUUAUGGAGUUGUCAAAGAUACAAGAUGGUUUUCUUGUUGACGAUGUUCUUGAAAUCAUAGCUCAAGUUCAAGUUAUCAGAGAGAAAGUGGACCGACCAUUUCGUUGCCUCGAUCGCCCUUAUCAACGAGAAUUGCUCCGUGUCUACAUGACAAACACAGAGCAAAUUUACCGGCAUUUUGUUGAAGAACACAGAAGUAAACUUAUCAAGCUCAUUGAGGACAAAAUGAGAUGGUCCAGUUUCCGUGCUUUCUGGCUUGCAAAUGACCCAACCACAAGAUUUCGCAUGUCCAGAGAGAAGAGCGACGUCAUAUUGAAAAUAGUGGUGAAGCAUUUCUUUGUCGAGAAAGAAGUCACCUCAACCUUAGUUAUGGAUGCUUUGUAUAUGGGUUUGAAGGCACUUGAGCACCAUAACAAGGGCAAGAAAGGGACAGUAAAAUUAAUGGACUUGGAGGAGCUAUCAGCACCUAUGGUCCAUGUUGAUAUUGACAUGUUUGUUUUGGCUGGCGAUUUCAUAGCUUUGCUUGAGAGGGCAGCUUUAGAGCCAUUGUCUUGUCAACCUCUGUCACUAAAGGAUGACAAAUGUUCCCAGAGCCGUUCUAAGGAUGGUGGUUCUGGAGAAGUCAACAAUUUUUCUAUCGAGCGUGAAGAAAGACGCCUAACUGAGCUUGGUCAGAAGAUACUUGAAACAUUUGUACUAUCUCAUAUAUUUAGCGGGAUUGAGGUUGCCUAUCAAGAAGCUGUUGCUUUGAAGAGGCAAGAGGAGCUUAUUCGUGAAGAGGAGCUCCUUGAAAAUGAGAUGAAGGGGAAACGUGGCAAUGCCAUUGAAAAGGAUAAGCGCGCAAAGAAAAAACAGGCCAAACAAAAGAAGAACAAUCAUAAGGUUAAGGACAAGGAAAGAGAGGAGAAAUCUGAUUCAAAUUCUCCAGAAAGGGGUCGAGAUGGAACCACAAAUCAUGAUAGGGAGAACUCUAAUCAGGCAGGAAAAUUAGCAGCGAAAGGCGAUAACUCCGAAGAAGGUGCUUCAGAUGUGUCAGACAAUUUAGAUGGAUCGAUGGAGGUAUGCCAAACUGACAUGCUUGACAAGAUUAUACGAUCUGUGAAUGCAGUGAAUGAUGUUGGCACCGAGACAAAAAAUGUGCAGACAGGGAAUAAUUCUUCUGUGGAGAUCGAGUCAUUGAUAUCAUCUGUGUCUGCUACUGUGAGCAGUAUACGGGGCAAAAUAAAUAACCUGCUAGACGGUACAAUUCAGAUAUCACCUAAUAGAGGGAAAACUUGGCGCAACAGGGGCAUUAUCAGUAUGAGCAUUGCCCGAGUUGAAGAUGAUCUUCCCUCAAGCAGUUCUAGUGUUUCAGUCCGCAAUACAUUUGGCUGUGGCCCAGCUCCAAAGCAUGAGCAGGAGACUGCUCUACUAACCUUAAAAGAUAGGCUUCGCAAGCUUGGGCAACGGCUACAUGAGAAGGAAAUUGAGGGUAGGGAACUACUCAAGGCCCACUUGGAAAAGAAGGCAGCUGCUGAGGCAGCAGCUGGUUCAUCCUCGGCAUCCUCAUCCGAUUCCCUGGAAAAGACCCCUCAGGUUCCGAAGGGCCCAGAGCAAACAUUGGUAACUAUUUCUGAUGCAAAUAUUGAUGCACCACCUCCAAAGGCUGUACCUGUAGCCACAAGUGAUGCCACUAAUGGAGCUGUUCCAGCAAUAGGAACCUCCACGGUAAGCACCAAAUCUGUUCCUAUUUUCACUCCCACUCCGAGUAAACUCGAUCCAGUUUUGUGCAAAGAACAUGUAUCAAGUUCAAGUCAGCAUAUUGAUAGAGCUACUUCGUUGCCCUCGAGAUCGGCGCUAAUUGAUAAGGCUAUUCCAACUCCCCCCAAAUCACCUUUGCCACAGGCUGAUACAGUUGCUAAAGCUACUCCAGCUCCCCCAAAAUCUUCUACAUCACAGAUUGAUAAAGUUGCUAAAGCCAUCCCAGCUCCCCCAAAAUCACCUGCACCUGAGGUUGAUAAAGUUGCCCCACAUAACUCAGUAUCGCGACAGAUUCCUUCCACAUCCAUCUCAAAAGCUCGAGAAGAUACCGUUCCUGAGAUGGUUGCAGUCACUUCUGUACCCCUUACUCCUACGCCAACAUCCAGGCCUUCAAGUGCUCCUCUGUUCCAGGCACGAAUAUCAACUGUACCACCUACACACACAGUUCAAUUUUCUCCAUUGCUUUCACGCUCAAGGACUGUGUCUGGACGACCGAGCGACGUGCCUUCCCCUUCGGCCCCAAGUUAUGUAACACAGGCCUACCGAAAUGCUAUCCUUGGUACGAGUAGUCUGGAUACAACCUCAGUAAAUCUUGAGCAAUUAACUUCUAUAGGCCAAAAUAUUGCAGUUUCACAGCCACUGCCAGCAUAUGCAUUGACAACAUCCGUCAUGGUGCCUCCUGUUGAAAGGAAUGGCCAAUUACCAGGUAAGCAAGGCUUCAUGUUUGGGCUUAGCAAGUCAGAAGCUCUCGAUAACUGGCACCCAUGGAAAGGUAAUGGUGAUGUUAACAGACACAUGUGGAGAGAUGAUACUCCUAAUCAGCAAAUGACCAAUUGCAAUGUGCAUGUGCACCCCUGGAAAGAUAAUUCUUAUCAGCAAGCGAGCAGCUGCGGAACAGAAGAACAAGGCAGAUUUGUUGGACUGCAAUAUAGGCAGUUACAGAGGGAGAUACCUGCAAGGUUUGUUUCACAGCAGCAGCAGGGGCCAGUGGGUGAAGAAUUCCCCCACCUUGAUAUCAUCAAUGACUUGCUUGAUGAUGAACAAAGCAGUGAGAGUGUGGCAGUCUCUCCCCUCCAUGAACAUCAUACAUUUGGCUUGCCCUUUUCUUCAAGAGGCAAUGUGGCAGACUCUGAAAUGGCUUCUGUAAGUAGAUCUGGCUGGUUUAACUUGACCGACCAUUACUAUGAUGAGGGUUACCGGGGGGCCUACGACACACAGAAUGCUCUGCAUAGGUUGAGAGAUGAGCAACUUUCCACAUCGGAUGUUUAUUCCAGUGGAAGGUUCGACUCUACUGCAUCAAAGCCUUGGCUAUAUAGCCGUCCAAAUCCAGCAGUGAACCUUGGAACCAAUUCAAAUGUAUUUUCACAGCAGAUGAGAGACUAUGCCAAUUUAGCAAGUGGGAGGGUGAAUGGGGAAUACCCGGAAUAUCUGUAUCGCCGUGCUAACGGGCAAUGGUGAUGCCUGUAUACGAUCGGUAAUAAUGCUUGUUGUAACAGACCAUGGUGCCAAGUCUAAGGCUCGCCAUGGCCUUUAAUUUGAAUUUUUAAAGUUCAAAAUGGCAAAGAGAUACAUCAUGUAAAGUGUUUACCUGCAUUCAGUCUAUCCCUUAUAGUGCUUGUAUGUUACUUCUGUUGUUUGGAGAGUACAUUAAUGCAGUUAGCUAACGAAAAAGA